AUGGUGUCGUUUCGAUCAGUUUCGUUUCACGUCUGGCAGCUCUUUGUCAGCAUCCGGUGUCUUCAAGGCACCAGUUCAUCUUUUUCGACAUCUAAUGAAAAUUCAAAAUCUAAAGACAAUCAUGAAGUUCCCGCUCUGUCGUUUUCUUCCAACGGCCGCGCUGGUCAGCAGGUCCCAGAUCAACCUGCCGGCGCAGCUUCAACCCUCCCCGCGUCGCUUCUUCGGGAACAAGAGGAUAGUGAUAGUAGGGCUCAGACCACAGUUGGACCUCAGGCGCUUCCGGAUGUUGUGGAAGCGGGUGCCACGACCCAAUUAUCCGGGGGCAACCCCGGCACAGCAUCGCAAGAUGAUGCUUCACCUGCAGUUUCCAAAUCUGCUGCGGGAACUUAUACCGUUUGGGGCACACCGACGAAGGCGGAGAAGCACGCUAUCGAAUUGGAUUUGGAGUGCAGCAGCUACCAGGACUACGAUUGGUUGCACGUGAAACGGCAGCUGUGGUGGUUCUUCGACGACAUCGAGGUGCAAUCCCACAACAUGACCCUGAUCCACGAGAUUCUUUACCUCGCGAAGUCGAAACCCCAGACGGACUGCUACAUCGGCCUGUUUUGCCUGGGCCUGUUCACCUUUCUCUUCAUGGAGCCCGAGAACCGCGCUAAGUCAGUGGUGCUCUCAACUUUCUUGUCUGGUGACUACGCGCGUGCCAUCCCGCUCACCUUCUGGGACACCAUCGCCGCCGGCUGGCCGGUUUUUACCAUGCUAGACGUGCUCGCGCAGACCUUCUCACAGGACUAUCGUGUGGACCAAGUGAGGCUUGACCCCUUCUGGGACUUCGAACAGGAAAGCCGCGGCCCCGCCUUCGAGUACGAAAAGAUGCGCCAGGUGCAUGCGACAUUCUCCGCGGAGGUGAAAAACAAGCCAGCAGAUGGAAUGGGUUCAGCCGGACAAAAACACAAGAACGUUGCGUCUUCUACAACUGCUUCGCAAAGACAGACACUUGCCGCCCGUUUAGCGCAAGUGUAUCCGAGGGUGUCCGAUGUCAAUUUGUCUUUACCCGACAACAGCAGUCGUGAGAAAGACAAGGACGCUGGUGGGAACUACUCUGCCGCAACUACAACACAAUCUUCGUGGGUCCCAACCAUCGAGUGGGUGCGGCGGUACUGUGUGCAAGUGGCGGACGAAUCGCGGAUAGCACCAGCCGAAAGUUCAGACAGUAGCGGUGUGGUGCGAGCGCUGGACGCGCUUUUGUCCUUCGACCGGUAUGGGGCGGCUGCGAGUUAUUUUAUCUUGGCGGAAAAGGUUCUGCGAAGGAUGCGGGCCAUACUUUCCGAUAGCGUGGACGCGAGAAGACGAACCGCAUCAACCGAGGCGGGCGGUGGCGAGAAGAAUCACGACGAUUCUAGCCUUGGUGAUCCUGCAGCUGCACCAACAGCAGACGAACAGCGCCUUUCAUCUGUGGUUGCGUUCAAGAACCGGAAAUUUGUCCGGCGGUUGACGAGGUCGAAGCAGGAAGACUCUUCUUACGACCUCGCGGAGAGACAACUUUUCGAAACCGACCUGAAGUACAGGCAGCUGGUCACGGAGGCCCGCGGUCUGCUGCUGUUGGGGGAGAUGGCUUUAGAGUGGCCACUAUGGAUUGUAAAAGUGUCUGGGUCUGGAAGGUUGGGACUUGUAAUGCUAGCUUUCCAUACCUAGAAAAUCUGUAUUGCAUAACCAACAAAAGUCGCAGCCUCUUUUGUCCUGAAAAAACGCAGUUUCUCAUGCGGAUUGCCUAUGAGAAAGCGUUUUGGGAAGUUGUCAUACCGGACCGCAUUCGGAAGUGUUUUCAUCAUGCACAUUUGAGCAUCAGAAGUUUCCAGACCCAGACAUUUUUACAGUUGGUAGCCACAGCAGGGCAUGUCCAGGGUUCUGUACGACCGCACGUUGAUCAGUGCGGACUUCUUAUUCCAAUGAAAGAUCCCCCCUCCCCAUAUCGAAACAAAGUUUCUGAUGCUGGAUUUGCGUACACAAAUCCGAUUUGUCUUGCUGACGAGGACUGCAGACUCAUAUCAAGCCUGAGUAGACAGGUUUUGGCCUAGGCACUCAGCAUGAGAGACGUCUACGCUGUAGGGACGCAGCAUGACAAACCGCCUGUAGAAUGCGGCAGAUGCUGUAGAGUUGCCCUCAUGCAACACAGAGACGAUUUGUGGCCACAAAUCAGCAACGCAAAUGUUCGGCAACAUACCUUUUCAAUAUGGGGAGGGGGGAUUUUUCCUCUCAAUACUUCUGGCCGCUGUGGAAGUUGGUCGCCAAUGUCGAGCGUACCGGAGCGGUGACCCGCAACUACAACAAAAUGUUGCCGCUGCAACGAAUCCAAAAUUUGCGAACGAUGCAAGAACGCAGCGGCGAAGUAGGUGUAAGCACAAAAGCAGAGAAAACAAGCAGUCCGGACCACGGCUCAGAAGUAGAGAUGAAACCAGCCCCAGAGGACGCCACAGCAAUUUCCGCGCCCCUGCAGCACGUCGCGUUCUCUGGCAACAAAGAGCAAGUGCCCGGCAUGGUGGCGAGUUUCGAGAGUUUGGUGAGGAAUGCCAAAAACCCAGAAAAACUGGUCAUACAUUUCUUUCUAGCGCGGGAAGAGGUGCCGAUUUUCCUGAAUGUGCUCGCCUGUAGUUUCAAGGAGGUGUUCCACGUGCUACUACCGUCCAAGCAAUCAGGUGCACUUACCGGCGUUUCCAGCAGCGAUAGAUCACCAGAAGGAAAUCGAAGUUCAUCCACCGUGACCGGCGUGGUAGAUGAAAGACAGCACUACACCUCCACUUCUCUGCCCUCAGCAGAGCAGAAGUACCAACCCGUAGGUGCGAGCGAGAAUGACGCGGUCUCUCUACGGUCGCUUUUGUUGGAGCACGGCGCUUUGGGCAGUGUUUCUACAACUCCUUCAAACAGCACUGAUUCAACAUCGGGUGCUAGUACUGCGCCAGCAGCCCCGAGGACAAAUGACUUCCUCGACGUUGUGGAUAUGAAGGUGCUGACCACCUUUCUGAAGGACUACGCACGUGUAACUGAGGUUCUGACCGCCUUCGCCACGUUUGUGCUGCACGGCACGGCGCGACUGAAGUUGCACCUGUUUAACGCGACGGACUUGAGCGAAUACGUCUCGGACGACGCCCAUUCCAGCAACCACGGCAAUUUGACCGCGCCCCACAACUACAUCCGGUUUUCCCUCGCGCGCAGGUUGGAGAAGGUGCAUUUAAUGGGCAUAGUACAACAGCAACAGCAACAGCAACAAGCGGUUCCCGCCUUCAAAAUCACGACCUGGUCAGUAGCCGUGGUCCACCAGGUCGAUGUUGUUCUGUACCUGGACCUGGAUCUCAUCGUCGCUGGGGACGUAGGGUCACUCUUCGCCGAGCUGCAGCGCGCGAAUUUUCUCAAGAGUUUUCCGAUCGCGGCGGUGCCGCGGCCGAACCCGUUGUCCACCUUUUUGUACAACUGGGACCAGCAGAAGGCCGGGCAGUGGCAGCCCAUCUUCUCGACGCCCAGUUUCAACGCGGGUGUGAUGGUGUUCAACCUGCAAAUGUGGCGGUCCGAAAAGCUGGAGGAAAAGCUCCGGGACCAUGUUUUCCGUCCGGCGUUGCGUCUCGGCCGCUUCUGGAAGUUGGGCAGCCAGCCUCCGCUGCUGGCCUGGUUUCUGGACUCCUUUUCCAAUCCGACCAGUCGGAAUUACUAUGAAGCGGGGGUGUCCAAGUCCACCACCUCUCGCAGUCGGAACGUGCUUUUCCUUUCCCCCGAGUGGAACGUCGAAGGGCUGGGCCACCACUGCCAGUCCAGCUUUUACGACAAGGCGCAGUGUCUGACGGAGAUGCAAAAAAAGGUAAAGUCCGGCAAAAUCCUGCACUGGACUGGGCCGAACAAACCGUGGAUUUACGUGGACGAAAAGGACGACUUCAACAGCAAAUUCCUCAUUUCGGACGUUUUAGAGCCGAACAAAGACGGCGACGCAAACGCAGACCACGACACCUACAAAAAGAUCUGGCAAAAGUACGCAAGACAUUGCUGGUAUUAAUUCCGUUCUGCACAAAUGCGAAUGUCGACAAAAAGUAUAGAUAUGGAACGUAAACCUAAACGCGCAAAAGAAGAGCGACUUCUGGUUAAGACAAGAGGGAGACGCGCCUUGGUGGCCGGAUUUUUUCUGAACGCGGACUAAGCCGAAGCCACCGUCGUCCUUGUUCGACGGGAUAUGUUCAGUCGGG